GUCACCUUACCCAGGACCUCUGUUUCAUUCGAGAUGUCCAAUCAGCCUUGCAAGUAGCACCAGAAGAACUGACAUUGCAUGAAACCUGCCUGCUUUCGAAGAUCGUAACAUUCGAGAAUCUUCAAAAUGGCUCCAGCCGCAAACACAGCCAGGGCCAGAAGAGCCCGCGGAACUGGGCCCGCAGAUUCCGAUUCUGACGCCGACUUUCACACUUACAAUAGCCGGCUUAAGGAGGCCAGCGCAGCUCGAGCCCGCCUUCGCAAGGCAAAACAAACCCGCGACGCCAACCGCGCAGCGCUCCUCUCAGCGUACGAGUCUGCCCUCUCAGCAAUCGAAGCCCGUGUGCAAAAGUCUGUUGCCAAGCACAGGGACCUUCGCUCGGCAAGCCAAAUCGCCCGCCUUCAGCGCCUCAGACAGGCCCUAGACCGGCGCGAUGCCAUGCUGUCCCGCAUUGCGCGGAAGCUGACCGAGCACCGGCAACUGAUGCUUAACUUGGGAAUUCAGCUGCUGGCGCUGUAUGAGGGGCGGCGGGAGGGCAUGGCUGGGUUGCUGGAGAAGUUGAAGAAGGGGGUUGGCGAGGGGGAGAAAGCGGAGGCCUGAUUGAUUUGGCAGCGGCUGUGGUGAUGCUGGGUUAAGCUUUUGCUUGUGUUGCUGCAUUGUCCUUUUUGGAGUUCGGGGUUCACUGGGAGACGGAAGAGAGAUACCCCGGUUUGGUUGGCUGGUUGCUUGUUAUGGUGUCUCGGUGGCUUUGCCGGAGUUCGGAUAAGGCAUGGAGGAAAAAUCUCGCUGUAUCUGUAUCGGAGAGAAGACGGGCUUCACCAUGCAGAGAUAUUGCCUGGUAAGAGAGGAAAUGCCCUUUUUUUUGCCCCAAAAGCCAAGUCUAUGCCUGUUUCUCCUAGUGGUACAAGGAACGCCGGUGUCGUGUGUUAUACAUCCAUAG